AUGCACCCCAUCAUCGCAGACCUGGCCAAGGCCUAUGUUGGGAAACUGAGAUGUCUGAGGGUAAACACGGUCCAGAACCAGAACCAGGAGGUGGCCAUGAGAUAUGGCAUCAGGAGCAUCCCCACCAUCCUCAUCUUCAAGGAUGGCGAGAGGAAGGAGACGGUCAUCCACACCAUUGCAAACACGGCCAUGGCCACCACAGUCGACAGGUUUUUUUAA